AUGACAGCUGAAACUAAAAUAAUACAUAGAUCUUUAGUACAGACUACGUCUGAUGCAAAGGACGAGAGGUUAAAAGAGGCUUCUCAGUUUGGAGAUACUGAUGCCUUGGAUCGCAUUGACGAGGUACCUUUCGUUGAUACGCCAUUAUACAUCGCUGCAUCUUAUGGGAAAAUUGAAUUUGCCAUGGAGAUCGAUGAUGAACUUGAAGCUUCAGUCACUGCUACAUACUCUGCCUCUGUGGUGGAUAGAGCUACAAUCUUCUGUAGUUGCCAUAUCCAACUCAUAGCUGUAGUUCCAACACUUGAUCUUUCGUGUCCAUUCCCUCUGGUUGAAUUCCUUCCUUUUGACUCUGUAUGCAAAACUGAAGAGGUUGAUGAUUCACCCGACCCUCUCCGUCGGAUCUCUUCACUGAGGACCAGAUCACGAACAUCAUCAAAUUUCAACUUAUUACUUCUUGAUGAACUACUCACAGUCGUGACAGUAGCAUUCCAACUAUCUGGAAGAGAUGACAAAAGUAUCAAUGCUCAUACUUCUUCAUCGAAUUCAAUUUCAAUCGGAACUCAAUUGGAUUGUGACUACAUCGAUGGAGGCCUUGUCCGUAUCAAAGGAAGGGGAGGCUUUACGCCUUUGCAUUAUGCAGCUGAACGAGGGAACUUGUCUAUUUUGAGAGAGUUCUUUAAAGCUUGCCCUGAGUUCAUUAAAGAUAUGACCAUCCAAAGUGACACUGCUUUUCACAUAGCAGUAAGAAAUAACAAGAUUGAAGCUUUUCAAGUCCUGACGGAAUGGCUUAAGAAUCUCUUUUUCGAAGAUGCUGCAUUUUGGGAAAGAGAAAUUCUCAACUGGAAGAACAAAGAAGGCAACUCUGUGUUGCAUAUUGCUACUUUAACGGGUCAACACCAAAAACAGGUGGCAGAACUAUUGAUGAAAAGUUAUGUUUACUCGAACAUUAAGAAUUCAAAUGGCAUAAUAGCUAUGGAUAUAUCACAAGACCAAACACUAUACAGAGGCAGCUGGAGAUUUUGGAUUAGGCAAAGGCUUUACCAUGGUAUUUUAAGUACAAACACCUGCAACAUCAACGAGUUGAAGAAAAUAUCACCUGAGAAUCCAAUUGCCCUCCGUUUAGCCCGUUCGAGAAUGAAGAUUUCACCAGACAGGCGCAAAACGCAACUGGUAGUCUAUGCUCUGAUAGCAACAAUCAUGUACUAGGCAGCAGUGAGCCCACCUGGUGGUGUAUGGCAAGGAACAGCUGACAUCAAUUCACCUACUCUACAAAAAGUUCAUGUUAAACCAAAUAGUCCAUUGCAGUAUGUGGGAACUACAGUGAUAAGCGAGGAAAAUUUUGGUCUAUUUUUGUUUGCAAAUACUGCAAUCCUUGUGAUAACAGUUACAAGGAUGAUGGUCAUGACUCUCCCACAAGACUAUAAUGACAUUUCAGUAUUUCCGCCAUCCAUAUUUUGGUUGCUUUGUUGCUGUUAUUCAUUAUCAAUGAUAAUCAUAUCGCCAACUAAAGACUGGUCCUCGUAUAAUUUCACUUUGUGUUUAUCAUUGAAACAAGCGUUCUUUCAAUUCACUUGCAGUGUAUUUUCUGCUCUCCGUGAUCAUGAAGCAUAAACAAGCAUGGCAGAGACCACGCCAGCCUAUGCACGAGAGAAAAUAAUGGUGGUAAUUAUCCGGUACCAAAAAGUUCAUGUCAAACCAAAUAGUCCUUUUCGUUAAGUCCUGAACUAGUUUAUGCUGUUUGUGUAUUGUGGGUGUAAUAUACAGAGCACA